UUCAUAAAUUUGUUAUCAGUGGCAGUGGCAGUGGCGUGGAUGAAUCCCAAUGGGCCCAUACACCAAUUUUCGAUUCUCUCAGCCAAUAACAGUCAUUAUCUCGUCCAAUAGAUAAUAUCAAUUUCACUUAUCUUGCCAACUCAAAACAGAAAAAAAGAAAAGUGUAGAAAUGAAAUCAAUUUUGCUGAUGGAUUCCAUCUUCGCCUGCAAAUCGAAGCCCCCGAGUGCUGAUCUGUUCAAACAUGAAAUCCCAACUGAAUUCUCUUCAAAACCCAUAAAAUCUUCUCUUUCUUUCGCCAAAACCUCCACCCCAGCUGCACCAAGACCAACCCAGAAAAUUACAGAACAUCAUGUGAAUCAUCUAUGCAGAACUGGGCAGCUCAAAGAAGCAGUAGCUGCUCUCGAUUCCAUUGCCAAACUUGGGGUCAAGGUGAAACCCGGAACUUAUAUCUCUUUACUUCAGUGUUGUAUUGAUUUGGAUUCGAUUGAUCAAGGCCGUAAGCUCCAUGCCAGAGUUGGGUUGGUUAGGGAGUUGAACCCCUUCAUUGAGACCAAACUUGUUGGUAUGUAUGCCAAGUGUGGGAGUUUGGAAGAUGCCCGUCAAGUAUUUGAUCAAAUGCUGGAGAGAAAUCUGUUUACUUGGUCCACCAUGAUAGGUGCAUAUACUCGAGAACGGAGAUGGCAGGAAAUUAUAGACCUUUUCUUCUGGAUGACUGCAGAUGGGAUUUUCCCAGAUGAAUUUCUGUUGCCAAAGAUCCUACAAGCUUGUGCAAACUCAGGGGAUGCUGAGUCAGGGGAAUUGAUUCAUUCUUUUGUAAUUCGAAGUGGGAUGGAUUCAUGUGUCCAUGUUAACAAUGCUCUACUAUCAAUGUAUGCCAAGUGUGGUAGAUUGAUUUCUGCCAGAAGCUUUUUCGAGAAGAUGGAUAAGAAGGACAUGGUGAGUUGGAAUUCAAUUAUAUCUGGGUAUUGCCAGAGUGGAAACAAUGAAAAAGCUCUCCGGCUGUUUGAUAGGAUGCAAAUUGAGGGAGUAAAGCCAGGUCUAGUGACUUGGAACAUAUUGAUUGCCAGUUAUAACCAAUCUGGAGACUGUGACCUCGCAAUGGAACUGAUGAGGAAGAUGGAAAUUUUAGGGAUGACUCCCGAUGUUUUUACUUGGACAUCUAUGAUUUCAGGUUAUGCACAAAACAACAGGAAAAGGUUGGCCUUAGAAUUGUUUAGAGAAAUGAUUUUGGUUGGCAUUGAACCAAAUGCAGUUACUAUCGCUAGUGCAGUUUCAGCUUGUGCUACUUUGAAAGCUUUAGAGAAAGGGAAGCAACUUCACUCUAUUGGAAUUAAGACAGGAUACAUGGGAGAUGUACUUCUUGGAAAUUCUCUGAUUGACCUGUACUCCAAAUGUUCGAAAACUGUGGCUGCUCAGUGUGUCUUUGAUAAUAUAUCAGAAAAAGAUAUUUUCACAUGGAACUCAAUGAUUGGAGGGUACACUCAAUCUGGGUACUGUGGCAAAGCCUAUGAUCUCUUUGUCUUGAUGCAGGAUUCUGGAGUACAGCCUAAUGUUGUCACAUGGAAUGUUAUGAUCUCAGGCCAUAUUCAAAAUGGAGAUGAGGAUCGGGCCAUGGAGUUCUUUCAGAGGAUGGAAACAGAUGGAAUGAUCAAGCAGAAUACAGUGACAUGGAACUUGCUUAUUUCAGGUUCGCUCCAAAAUGGGCACACAAACAAGGCUCUGGGAAUUUUCCAGCAAAUGCAAUCUUUCCAAGUUCCACCUAACUCAGUGACCUUGUUGAGCAUCUUAUCAGCUUUUGCAAAUUUGGUAGCACUGAAAAAGGUGAAAGAGAUACAUGGUUGCAUCUUGCGUAAAAAUCUGAAUUCCGAGCUUUCACUUGCUAAUUCUCUGAUAGAUGCUUAUGCCAAUUCAGGGGACAUGGUCUCUGCGAGGGCCAUAUUUGAGGAUCUGUCAUCCAAAGAUAUCGUCUCAUGGAACUCGAUAAUUUCUGGUUAUGUUUUACAUGGUCUUCCUGAUAUUGCAAUUGAUCUCUUUGGUCGGAUGAGACAGGUUGGACUCAAUCCAAGCAGGGGAACUAUUACAAAUAUUAUUCUAGCACAUGGUUUGAAAGGAAUGGUGGAUGAAGGGAAGCAAAUAUUCUCUAGCAUAAUUGAUAAUUAUCAGAUUUCACCAAGCUUAGAACAUUUUUCAGCUGUGGUAACUCUAUUUGGUCGCUCAGGUAGACUUGCCGAAGCAACCAAGUUCAUCGAGGAAAUGGACAGUGAACCUGACGCCACUGUUUGGGAUGCCUUUCUUACAGCUUGUAGGGUUCAUGGCACUAUUGGGUUGGCAGUACAUGCAGCAGAACAUUUAAUGAAAUUGGAACCUGGGAAUUCAUUGAAUUACAGGUUAGUAUCACAGAUAUAUGCUUUAGUUGGAAGGUCUGAAGAUACUUCAAAAGUGAGAAAGCCUAAAAUGAUAAAUGGGACAACCAGAUUUCUUGGGUGUAGUUGGAUUGAAAUCAAGAACACAAUGCAUACUUUUAUCACGGGUGAUCAAUCUAUGCCAAAUUCAGAUUCUUUGUAUUCUCAGUUAAGUUGUAUAGCAGAAAAAAUUAGGGUAGCAGCUCCCGAUUCUCAUGACACACAACUUUGCAUCGAGGAAGAAGAGAAUGAAGAGGUUGCUGGGAUCCACAGUGAGAAACUUGCAAUUGCUUCUGCCCUCAUUGGCUCUCCCUAUUCAUCUAAAAGUAUAAGAAUUGUCAAGAACCUUCGAUUGUGUAGAGAUUGCCAUAGGACUGCAAAACUUUUCUCUUUGGUAUAUGGACGUGAAAUUUAUAUGAGUGAUCCAAAGUGCUUGCAUCAUUUCAAGAAUGGGCAGUGCUCUUGCAGGGACUAUUGGUGAUGCUUAAUAGCCAUUCUUGAUCUUACCUUAUAUUAGCUUGAGCCAAGAGCUGCAUUGCGUAAUUCAAGCCCAAGCAUUCUCAUACUAAGUCUCUGCCCUCAAGUACAUGGAGACCAAUUGGAUGGACACUUUCAACCUAACCCGACUAAUUACAGCCGGCCUAGGCCAACAUUGUUAACGGUAUAGAAGGCAUUGACUUGGAGUAUGGGCAUUUCUCUCAUUGGAUGAGAUUCAAUUGAUCUUCUGCAACCUGGAUGAAUUGAUCAUGCACUUCGAUGCUGAGAGUGGUGAAUCAAGAAGCUGUUGAACUGGCGAAACAAUGGGUGGUUAGACCUUUGUUAUAUUUUGGAGAAAGCUUACCGCUGUAAAAUGUAGUCUUAUCUUGGGUCAUUUGGUUGGAAGUGAAGUUUGUCAAUAUGGAGUAAAUGGCCUGGAUUAGCCACAUGCCUAAUCUCAUAUGAAAAUU